AGCUUCGGGACCAUACGAUUCCUGCCAGCGGAGGGCGGAGGUUGAAACGGGAGCCCGUCUGCCCCCAUGGUUUGCAGGUAGAGUCCGAGGCGAAUGGUUUCAAGGUUCGUGCGUCGUGCCACAAGACCUGCGCCUGUCCCCGAGGUGGAAGCACCUCUGGUUUCAACCGCGAGUCCAUCUGGACCCAAGCAGCUCAUCGAGGGCAAGCACAAAGCUCCGAGAUGUUCCAUCGAAGUAGCGACGCACACAGCAAAGAACUGGGGCGGCCGGCAUGAGAAUGAGGAUCGUUGUAUGGCGUCUCAGGACACUCUCAACGAGUCCUUCCCGUUUCACACCGUGGGCGUCUUGGACGGUCACGACACCGAUUCCGCCUCCGACCUGGUCGCGAAACUGCUUCCGGGUGCCGUUGGAAGGCGGAUCAAGGAAGGUCUCCCUAUCGGCCAGGCCUAUAUGGAAGCCAUGGCUGAAAUGGAGGACAAACUGAAGAAAGAGCACGCCACUGCCGGCACGUGUGUCAACAGCUGCACCAUUGCUGGAGGCCGUGUUUGGUGCGCCAACUUGGGCGACUGCAGAGCCGCACUCGUCACCUUGGAGGCUCCAAACUCUGGUGCUGUCAAGGCGGAAUCUCUAACUUGGCUAUCAAGAGAUCACAAGGCCAGUUGUCCUAUCGAGCAAAAAAGGAUAGAGGCAGUUGGUGGAAGUGUCAUAGAUGGCCGAGUCGAAGGUCUGGAGCCUUCAAGGACCUUGGGGGAUUUCGAUGUGAAGAUGACCGUGAAGCCAGGCGUCAUCUCCAUCGUCCCUGAGGUCCGCAGCAUAGACCUUGGUGCAGGUUCGACGGCCACCGGCCGCCGAGCGGUCCUGAUGUGCGCCACCGACGGCGUGUGGGACGUCAUGAGCGGCCAGGACUUAUGCAAAAUCACGCAAGCCAGAAAGGAGCUUGCUUCGUUCUUCCUGCCGGAAGCUGUUCUCGAGGCCCCAAAGGCCGGAGUUCAGGCUCUACACGAGCUGGCGGAGGACGUUGUCCAGUUCGCGCUGGCAAAGGGCAGUCGAGAUGAUUGCACCUGUCUCGUUGCCAUGAUCUCGGUAGUGCCCGAGUAAUUGAUUUGAGGUCACAAAAAUUCAGCACAGUUUCAGAUCGCGCGCCACCUCGUUUCAUGCAGAGUUUCAAGUGGUGAAGACCCAUUGAGUAUCAUUGAG